AUCCCAAACGUAAGGGAUUUUUGGUAAUUAAAUUAAAUUUAGUACAACUCCUUCCUUCAUCUUCCAUCUCCGAACCCUAACCGCCGGAAAACCGGAGCUCAGAAAUCCCAGCAAUUGAAUAGAGUAGAAUAAUCAUGUCGUCUUCUCACAAGAAAAAUCACAAAGACAGGAUCCCUCGUCGCAAAGAGGAGAAGAAGGUGGAAGAAGGCGCUGAGGCGGGCCCUAAAUACAGAGACCGAGCUAAGGAGCGCCGAGAAGAUCAGAAUCCUGAUUACGAGCCCAAUGAAUUGGGUUCUUUUCACGCCGUGGCUCCUCCUGGAAAUGUCGACCUCCUCUCUGCCGAUGCGCAGAAGAUAUCAAUUGAGAAGAGCAAGUAUCUUGGAGGGGAUGUUGAGCAUACGCAUUUGGUCAAAGGUUUGGAUUAUGCUUUACUUCACAAAGUCAGAAGUGAAUUACACAAGCCCGACGAUGGAGAUGAUUAUGAUCAGAAAUCAAGAAUAUCUAAGGAAGAACAUCCUGUUUCAUUUCGCACUGCUAAUGCAAAGGCAAUUUAUCAGUGCAUAGUCAAGCCCCAAACUAUCAUUAAGCCCAGUGAAAUGUUCCUACCUGGAAGGAUGGCUUUUAUAUUUAACAUGGAGACUGGUUUUUCCCAUGACAUUCCAACCACUCUGCAAAGGAGUAAAGCAGACUGUCCUGUGCCUGAGGAAAUGAUUACUGUUAGCGUGGAUGGUUCUGUGCUGGAUCAAAUUGCUAAAAUUAUGUCAUAUCUUCGCCUUGGGUCAUCUGGAAAGGUUUUGAAGAAAAAGAAGAAAGAAAAGGAUGCAAAAGCAAAAGUAUCACUUCAAACUGAAUACGAUGACAAUGUAAAGGCCAUUAAGCCUGGUUUCAUCAAGAAUCAAAUGGAUAGAGAAAUCAUCCCACCACCCCCACCACCCAUCAAAAAGAAUCCUUCGGACUUCAAAGAGAAAAUAGUCCCGACUGUUGCUAGAGCUGAAGAAGAAGAUAUUUUUGUCGGGGAAGGGACUGAUUAUGCUAUUCCUACCAAAGAUAUGAGCCAAAGCCCCAUUUCUGAAGACAUGGAAGAAUCACCUCGGAACAAGGAAAAGAUGACGUAUUUUAAUGAACCUGUAUAUGGUCCAGUGCCGCCCUCUGAGCCAACUUAUGGUCCAGUACCACCGACUGAACCUUCUCACGAUUGGCAACCACUGAAUGGGUAUGAUGCUAUGCAAGCACAAGCUAUGAUUGGUGCAUAUCAGGGAGAAUGGCAGGAUUAUCAAUAUGCAGAGCAGAUCGCUUAUCCUGACCAAUACCUCCAGCAGGAAAUCCAGAACUAUGAUAUCCAAGCAGAUAUAGAUGCUCAGCAGGAUCCACGAUUAAUGACGCAAGAGCAGAAAGAUCGAGGUUUAGGGUCAGUAUUCAAGCGGGAUGAUCAGAGGCUGCAACAGUUGCGAGAGAAAGAUGCUCGAGAGAAGGAUCCAAACUUUAUAUCAGAGAGUUAUUCUGAAUGCUAUCCAGGAUAUCAAGAGUAUAAUCGUGAAGUUGCAAACAGUGAAGAUGAAGAAGAAGAUUUAUCAAAGAUGGAUAUGGGUGGACGGGCAAAGGGCCGCCUUCACCGGUGGGACUUUGAAACAGAAGAAGAUUGGGCAACAUACAAUGAACAAAAGGAAGCAAUGCCAAAAGCUGCAUAUCAGUUUGGUGUGAAGAUGCAAGAUGGUCGAAAGACAAGAAAGCAAAACAAAGACCAGAAGAUCACCAACGAGCUGCAUAAGAUUAACAAAAUCCUUGCCAGAAAGAAGAUGGAGAAGGGUGAAACAAAUGAUGAUGGCGGGUAUGAUGAUGAUUCACAUCCAACAAAGAAGAGUCGAAUUUGAUGUGCUGAAGCUUUUUAAUAUCAUUGUAAUAUAAAUUAAAUUUUACAAGUACCUUAAAUUUCAAUCAACAGAAUAGAGCACAUUUGAUAGUGAAUGUAGCUGCGCAUGCUAAGCCAGUAAUCUAAUACAAACUAUUUAUGUUGCGUGUU